CGCGCUCCAAGGGGGGGAGACGGAGACGGCCCACAGUUACACAUUUUACCGACAACACCAAGACAUUUUACUCGUAACGGUCGUGUAUAAAUCUCGAGGGGUCAAAGGUCGCCGGCAGUCCAAACUGACCCCAGCCCAGAGUGUCAGGCGGACGACGGCAGCAGCAGCAGCUCACCGGCGCUAUGGAUCGCUCGCCCACCGCCGCCAGCCUGAUGGCCAGCAACAUCACCAACAAGACGGACCCGCGCUCCCUCAACUCGCGGGUGUUCAUCGGCAACCUGAACACGCUGCUGGUCACCAAGGCGGACGUGGAGGCCAUCUUCGCCAAGUACGGCAAGAUCGUGGGCUGCUCCGUGCACAAGGGCUUCGCCUUCGUGCAGUUCGCCAACGAGCGCAACGCCCGCACCGCCGUCGGCUCGGAGGACGGCAGGAUGAUCGUGGGACAAGUGCUCGACAUCAACCUGGCUGGAGAACCCAAACCACACCGGUCAAAAACCACCAAGCGCUCGGCCGGAGACAUGUACAGCAGCAGUUCCUCGUUUGAACUCGACUACGACUUCCAGAGAGAUUAUUACGACCGGAUGUACUCGUACCCGUCCCGCGUCCCGGCUCCGCCUCCUCCGCCGCCCUUGUCGCGCGCCGUCAUCCCGUCGAAGCGCCCGCGGGUCAGCAUGAGCGGAGGAGGGAGCAGCAGCCGGAGGACGAAGAGCAGCUUCUCCUCUUCCUCCAAGAGCGGCCAGAGGACCUCCUCCUCCUCCAAGACCAUGAAAGUGGACGAGCUGCAGAGCAUCAAGAGGGAGUUGAGCCACAUCAAGAGCAAAGUGGACGACCUGCUGAAAAGCCUGGAGCGCAUGGAGAAGGACCACGGCAAGAAGUCGGCUAAGGGGCUGAAGGCGGAGCCUGGAGAGGUGACCUCGCCGCCGCACGCCAGCAGCAAGAAGGAGGACGCGGCCAAGAGGGAGCGCGAGCUGAACGACUCCGACGAAGACGAGGAGGAUGAAGACGAGCUGCUGGAGGACCCCGCCGCUUUUUACAAUAAAGCGAAGAGUCAAGACGACGAUGAGGAGGAAGAGGACGAUGACGAGGAGGAGGAAGGGGAGCACGUGGACGACGACGACGACAUCGAAAGCGUCAACGGCGAAGACGACUCGUAGGUCGAGGAGCUCGCCGGCGCACGCGGCUUCCAGAAGGAACUCUGACUCCGGUUUCUAAACCCUCGCGUCGUAGAGCGAGCGUGAUGCCCCGCCCCCGUGUGUGGCCCCGCCCCCUUUGUCCCUCAAGCCGUCUUUUUUGUUUUCUCCUUUAUUUGGUCCAGUUUCGCCGUACAGGAAUAAAGCGGCCAUGUUUUUUUACCUGCGGACGAGACGCUGCUGAUGUCCUCAGAGACGACGCUCGACGGACACAGAGGAAGAAGAAGAAGAAGAGGAGGAGACGACCGCUUUUAGGUUCUGUGUGUGUGUGUGUGUGUCCAGGUCUGUUUUUUUUUAUACUAUUCGUAACUGUAAAGGAAUAAAUUGCAAUAAAAUCUUAAAUUGAAAAAAGCACUUUCUU